UUGAAAAAUACAUCAACUUCAAGAAAUUCAAUCAUAAAAAAAAUGUCACCAUCCCUUGUGGGGAUCGAACCCACGACCUUUGGAUUAGAAGUCCAACGCGCUAUCCUCUGCGCCAAAGGGACUUUGGUGACAGCUGAGAGUGUGAAUGAUUCCAACAAACUCAGUUCAUCCCCACUCCUUGAGUUGAAGUAUAGCUUGGCUGGCAUUCAUACACCAGGGGCUCUUAUAAAUUUGAACUAGAUAUUAUGUAGCCGAACAAAGUUCUGAAAUCAGCUUGGCUUACCUUGUUGUUUUACAGUUUAUCUGUGUGACAUUCAAACAAUUUAAUUACUCAUGAUUCACGCGCUAAAAAGUUAUAUUUUUAUGAAUGAUAUUGGUUUUCACGUAGAUACCUAAAAUUAAUCAUUUACCUAUUUAAAAAAAUAAAUCGAAAUUUGAUCUAAAUAACACAGAGAAACUUUCAAAAUAAAAAUGAGCACUUUUCAGUAAAAUUUACUAAGUUACAUGAAAAUUGAACACAUACUUGAAAUAUGAGAAAAGUAAUAAUGCUGCAUAAAAAUUUUUUGCAUACAAAUUGUAAAAAUUAUGAAAAAUAUAGUAAAAAUGACAAAAAACUCGCUGCAAACACAGGGGCAUAGAACUUUCUCGGAAAAUUUGGACGAAUUAUAAUUCAUCAGGUUAGUAAUAAAAAAACAAAGAAACGCUCGUCACAGUACUAAUUAGCAUCCGAGACUUAUAGUUCUCUCUCUACAUAUUAGUUCCUUCAGUUCUUUUAAUUUAUUUAUUUUCAUUUUUAAACGCCAUAUCUUUAUCUUUCUUAUCUUAUCUUUAUCCAUUAUUCUUAUCUUUAUCUUUAUCCAUCACUUUAUUCCAUGCUGAUGAGAUAUAAUAUGUUUACAAAACCAUAGGCGCGUGACUCAAUUUGUCUCAAGAAUGCAGCGGGCGGGCGGCGCGUAGUUAGCGUCGCGUUACAGUUUUAAGAUCAGCAUCAGUACGCGUUACGACGCCGUGGCGUAAACAAAGAAAGAUCGCCUCAGUUACAGAAUAGUCAGUGAUUCUCGUGGCAAAAGUAAAAAGUAUUUCAUACCGUAAGGGACUGUGUGUUGUGUGUGAGCACGCAAAACAAUGUUAGCUGCCGAUGACAAUUCUGAUACAAGUUCCUACGGCGGAUGGGAAGAAGAUGAUGAAGAGUUCUAUGGUGAAAACGACGAAGAUGAUGAAGAUGACGAAGAAGACGAAGAAGACGAAGGUGGCAAAGAUCUCAAGGAAUUUUUUCGAGUGAAAGAGAUGGAUUGGUUAAUAGAUUAUAGUUCAAAAGUCCACGUCAGAUUUUGUGACGAGCCAGAUGAAUUUAUUGACUUUGUGAUCAAGACCGGCUAUAAAGACGAGCCCGAAAUUGAUAAAGAUGGCAAUCCAAUUUUGCGUCGUACCACACCACUGCACCAUGCCGAUUAUGAUGCUAUACGUAUACAUGAGGUUGUUUGCAAGCUUUUUCAAAUAUACGACAGAUUCGACGUUAAUUACUCCGACGAAUCCGGGCUAACGCAUUUUCAUGUAGCCUGUAUGUCUGGCUGCAAUGAGGUCGUCAAUAAAUUCCUCGAGCUUGGGAUAAAUCCCAAUUUUAACGUUCAAGAAUCGGACACGAAUACCAUUGAUCCACCGCUACAUUUAGCUUUGAAGUAUGAACGAGGGAAGGUGGUCCAAUUGCUGCUGCAAAGUGGUGGUAAUCCGAAUUUGGCCAACAUGGAGGGAUUGACUCCCCUACACUUGAUUUGCAAAAAACCUUUAAUCGAAUUUUUUAGGUUACACGAAAAUAUCAGCUUAGCGGAGCUAUUCUUUAAAAUCAAUGAUGAUAUGCAGCAGACAUUGGAAAUUGAUGUCCAGGACAAUUUAGGUAAUACACCGCUGCACUUGGCUCUGGUCGGCAUACGCUGGAAGUUAGUCGAGUUCCUGCUGAAAAAAGGUGUUAAUCCGAAUUUGGCUAAUAAGGAUGGAGAGACACCUCUGCACAUAAUUUGUAAGGGUUACAGCAACGAUGACUGGGUAAAGAUAUUAUUCGAGAAUACCGAUGACAAACAUCGACCACUGCAGAUUGACGCCCUGAACAAUUUGGGUGGGACACCCCUUCAAUGUGCCGUAGCGAAUUUUCAACCGAAGAUUGUCGAUGUACUCUUGGAUCAUGGUGCCGACCUGUCCAGUUUUGUUUUUCCCCCUGAGAGUUACAUCAAGAAUAUGAUACACGAAUAUACAAUCCAAAUUCGAACUUUUGAAUUUGUAUUCUCUGCUCUGAGUGUCAUCGAGUCCCUAGAAACAAAAGGAUACAAACUCAAACACAGCGACGUCUUGACGAUUAUUAAAUUGUUCGCAGCUCAUGGAUGGUACGAAAAACUACCGGAUUGCGAAAAAUAUUGGCAUGAUGACGAAGAGUUCGCUAGAAUUGCAAAGGAGCAGAUGGUGACUCCGAGCCAGUCACUCUACGAUUUUAUUAAACUGCCAUCUUACAAGGCACAGAAACUAUUUGCGAUCAAGGACUACGCAAAGUUCUCGUCUGGAUUCCAUUUGUUCUCAGCUGAUCUUCGCCAGGCGUGUACUAUGCACCUCUGCAAUAUAUUAAUGGGAAAAUUUUUCCGGCGAUGGGCCCUAGAAUUCUUCUUGACAAUGACUCGAUACCGACUGCCGAUUCUGUGCUGUGAAAUAAUUAUCGAGCAUCUGAAGUAUGUUGAUUUAAUACGGAUUUGCGUCGCGGCCAAUGACCCCAGCUAGGGAUGAGCUAAAUAAUCGUUACAUCAGAAAACUUGAGUGCAUUACGUCUCUCAACACAAUAAAUGAUUGCAGUAUGUUUGGAAUUUUCUGUAUUUAACAGUAAGAGAUGCAAAAAAGAGCUAAUAAUUUUAAUUAAAAUUUCAUUCUUUUGUAAAGAUCUUUCGAGAAUGUAUUUAAAAAUUUA